GAGGCCCAAGGGAGGUGCACCCUGCAAUGCGGCUAGGGGCCGGUCCUCCUCUGAUUCCCAGCGGUCCUGUCCCAUCCCAAGAGUCGCAUGCCUCCCCCUCCCGCAGUGGAGUUUACUCAGCAGCCAGAGACGGCCUCGACUCCCCUCAGGUCGUCAGUGCCCAGAUACCGGAUUCCCGAAGGCCGCAGUACCUGGAACUGCACCCAGCCCCGGCCAGAGGGCGCACCCCUAGCCAGCAGCUCCCGGCUCCGAGGUCUCCGGAAAGCCUGGGCACCGCGCGCGCCUGGAGCUGGGCUUGGCCCGCUAACCACACGGGGGCGCUGUCCCGGGCUGGGGCGGCAGGGGCGCUGCCCGCGCAGCGCAGCAAGAGGAAGCCGUCCAUCAAGGCGGCCCGCGCCAAAAAGAUCUUCGGCUGGGGGGACUUCUACUUUCGGGUGCACACCCUCAAGUUCUCGCUGCUGGUGACUGGCAAGAUCGUGGACCACGUGAACGGUACCUUCAGUGUGUAUUUCCGCCACAACUCGUCCAGCCUGGGCAACCUCAGCGUCAGUAUCGUACCGCCCUCCAAGCUCGUGGAGUUCGGGGGCGUUUGGCUGCCCGGGCCUGCCCCCCACCCUCUGCAGUCCACGCUGGCCCUGGAGGGGGUGCUUCCCGGGCUGGGGCCCCCCCUGGGGAUGGCGGCUGCCGCGGCGGGCCCGGGGCUUGGAGGCUCGCUCGGGGGUGCCCUGGCAGGCCCCCUCGGGGGCAUGCUGGGGGUGCCGGGGGCCAAAGAGUCGCGGGCUUUCAACUGCCACGUGGAGUACGAGAAGACCAACCGCGCGCGCAAGCACCGCCCGUGCCUGUACGACCCCUCGCAGGUGUGCUUCACCGAGCACACGCAGAGCCAGGCCGCCUGGCUCUGCGCCAAGCCCUUCAAGGUCAUCUGCAUCUUCGUGUCCUUCCUCAGCUUCGACUACAAACUGGUGCAGAAAGUGUGCCCAGACUAUAACUUCCAGAGCGAGCACCCCUACUUUGGAUAGCGCCCCUCGCGUCCGGCCGCGCGGGUGGCAGCGGCCGCGCCUGGCGCUCGGGGCGGGGCGGAGGGGAGCCGCCCGCACAGUUCCGCUUCCCCUCCCCCGGGCGCCCGCGGGCUGGGGUGGCAGCCCCAGGGGCGGCCCAGGGUCCUCUGAGCCCUUCUGCCCCUGGCGCCGGGCUGGGCACGCCCUCCGCCCGCAGCUUGAAUAACGCCUGGCCCGGCCCCUCAUCCCGCCCCGACUUCUGGCCCCCAGCGCCCGUCCGCCUCCUCCACCCCGUCCCCGCUUCCAGACCGCGAAGGCCUGUGCGCCCCGCGCUGUCGCCCCCUCCGCCUGCCGUCUGCCUGGCCCCCGGCCCGCCCUGCCCUUCCGCGCUGCCCCUGCGCCCCAGCCUCGGCCCUGCCGUCCAGCUCCACCUGCCCUCCCGGCUGCUUCCUCUCCGUGAUAUUUUUUUCUACGCCAAAACAGACGGGAAAGGGAACAAAAUAAAGUGAAAUCCAAUAC